AUGCAUCCGUCAUAUUAUUUCGUAUUGCUCGUCUUGCCGCUGUAUGUCGCGCAAAUAACGGUAUCAAAUGAGGGAGAUGAGGCAAUACAAGCAGCAACAGGUAAUGACGACGAAAUAAGAACUGUGGCUGAUGUCGGGAAAACAAUCAAAAAAUGGUUUGAAUGCAAGGUGUGCAGUAGACCGUUUAAAUGGUCCUGCGAUCUGCAGAGACAUAAAUUGACGCACGGAGAUGAACGGCCAUUCGAAUGUCACGUGUGCAAUAAAACAUUCAAAGAGUUCCGCGUUCUGAAGACACACCAUUUGACACACGGAAACGAACAAACAUUCAAAUGUGCUAUGUGCGAUAAGGCUUUCAAACAGCGCCGCUAUCUGAAAGUACAUUUGAAGACACAUACGGACAUUGAAAAGAUGCUGAAAUGCAACGUAUGUGGUAAAGCAUUCGAAUACUGUUCACGUCUGCUGAAGCACAAAUUGAUGCACGGAAAUGAACGACCAUUCAAAUGUCACAUGUGCAGUAAAACAUUCGAAGAAUCCGGGAUUCUGAAGAAACACAUGUUAACGCAUGGAAACAUGCGGCCAUUCGGAUGUGAUGUGUGUGGUAGGAAUUACACUCAGAAAGGUAAUUUGAAUAAACAUAUGAAAGCGCAUAAAAGUUAG